AUUAUAUGUUAUUUUUAAAAUUAACACAAACAGUUAAUUUAAUGAUUUAGAGUUUAUUUGAAUAAACAUUUAAUUGUAUAAAAUAAUGUUAUCUAAUCACAAAAAAAAACAAAUAAUUUGUCAAGCAUAAAAUAAAAUUAAUGGAAGAGGAUGAAAUUUACUUUGAAACAGUACUGUUAUAUUUUGUUUAUAGUAAUUCAUAUAAUUCUGUAAGUUUAAUUCAUUUUAUCCUUUUAUUUGGAAAAGGAAAAUAAUUUAAUUUCUCUAUCUAAACAUCGAUAUUUCGAUUCGACCUACGCUGUAUAUAAGUUACCUUCGCGCUUGAUUGUGGAUUAGUAUACAAGCUUGUUUAUAUAAUUUUAAAUUUUAAUGAACUUUUAUCCUGUACGUUAUAUUUUUGAAUAUUCAAUGAUUUUAAUUUCACUAACACAGUCUUAAGAAAUAAAGUAUGAGAAAUCCGUUGCCUCUUUUUAAAUCUGAAAGAACGCUCUGUUGUGUGUUUGGUUGCAACUCCAGAUUAAACUUCAAGACAAACGAUGUGACAUUAUUUCAUCAAUUGCCAUUUGCUUGUAAUAAAGAAUUCCUUCUCAAAUGGGUCAAUGCUAUCAAAUUGCCCCAAAAAAUUAGUAAACAUAUGAUGGUUUGUUCUCGCCAUUUUAAACUGGAAGACUACACAAGGAUAGAUGGUGUCAAAGAACUUAAGCCUGAAGCAGUGCCUUCAGAAAAUUUACCCCAUGUUUGGAGAAAUAAAUUUCAUCCCAGGGACUAUGGUCGUCUCAUUAAAAUUUUGGAAUUCAGAGGUAUUGGUCGUCUUCGGCUUUGCUUUGAAGCAAAGUUGGCUAGACAGAUCAGAAAAGCAGAACGAAAGAGAAAAGAAAAAAAACUGAAAGGAAGAAUAAACCAGCAGAGAGUUGGGGUUUCUGAGGAAAAAAGUAAUGAACAACCUCAGCAUCUAGACCACUUUCCAACAAUUGUUAGGGAUUCUUUUACUUAUGACUCCAGUAAUCCUGUUACCAACCAAGAGCAUUCACUUACUUCAGAAAUUGAUAUAAAAGAGGAGCCUCUCUCUGACAAUGAAAACGAGGAUACUAUUCAUGAGGAAGAAACUGUUGAAGAGAUGCUUGCUAAAAUGAAUGAAGAACCUGCUGAUGAAUCACAAGAACAAAUGCUUGAUAAUGGAAAUGAUAAAUUGGGUUUUGAGAAUGAAGAAAGUUUAUGGGAUUCUCUUUUGUGCAAUAUUUGCGGGGAAGAGGAUUGUGAAGGCCAUGAAGAGGAUAAGUUUGAAUGUGCACCUUGCGGAAAGCAAUUCAGAACAUCACGACAACUUAAUGCUCACAACUUAAGUCAUUUUGAGUACAGACGUAGAGGCCAUCCUUUUGACAAGGAAGCAAUCUGUAAAGUUUGUAAUAAGGUCCUAUCGACGAAAGUAUCUCUGAAUGAGCAUAUGCUGUCCCAUUCCAAUGACAAACAGUAUGUUUGUAUGCUCUGUGAUAAGCCAUUUCGUCAUAAAGCUAGUCUGGUGAUGCAUAUUAAUAGUCAUACAAUACAUCCGAACCAUAGGUGCAAGAUGUGUGGAGUCUGCUUCAGUGAUGCAGAAGAACUGGACAGGCACGUAAGAAAGCAUAAAGUGUUGAUGAGAGAGUACACUUGUCGAGAGUGUGGGCAACAAUUCCGAUCAAAACAAGCCUGCUGGGCCCAUCUUAAUUCCCACAUGAGAGCUAGGAGCAAACCUGGCCUAUCUUGUGACGUUUGUGGCCGUGUACUUUCAACAAAGGCCACACUUAAGGAGCACAUGUUUAUACACUCGGGAGAGAAGCCUUUUGAAUGUCAACUCUGUGGUAGAAAGAUUCGUCACAGGGCCAAUUUUAUCAUUCAUGUGCAAGGCCACUCCCUUGGGCAACCUCACCUUUGUAGUCUAUGCGGAAUGGGAUUUGCUAAGAAAAGUGAGCUGUGUUCCCAUACUGCGGCGGAGCACCCAGAGGAUAGGCCAUUCCUAUGUAUCAUUUGUGGUAUGAGGUUUCGUACUGAGACUAGGUUCUUCAGGCAUGCUAUAUCCCAUGAUGCGCAGCUUGAAGAAGUUUAGAUGUACCAUAUAUGUGCCCUCUUACUGUAUUUUAUUGUAAAGUGUAAAUAAGGAUAGUGAAGUUAUUUUAAUUGUAGCAACUACCAUUUUUUAUUUUUAAGUUGAUCCUCUAAUGAUUUCAGUUUUAUUAUAGUUGUAUAACAAAACUAUUGUCUGAUUUGUAAAGUAAUUUAAGGUUCAACAUUAUAAUUAGGUGUAUUUUUAUGUGAUAUUGAGAUAAAUUGAAUUAAUUAGUAAAUGUGUUCUUGGUAAAGAUACAUAAAUGGGAGGAAUAAUAUUGUUCCUCACUAGUAUGUAUUUUUCAUUUCCUUAUGUUAUAUUUGUUUGACAAUCAGCUGCCGUAUACUUAUUCCAAUUCUCAACAUGCAGAAUUUAAAACAAGAAAUAGUCAUGCUUAAUAUUUUUCUUUUUCCCAUAAUUGAUGAAAUGUGAUAUUUUAAUUUAUUUAGUAGAGAUUACAUCUUGAGGAAUAUUGUAUUUUUAUCUUGUUCUGAAGUUCUCAGCAUUGUAUUGUAAAAUAUUACAAAGUUUCAUUCAAAUGCUUAGUUUUCCCUUACACAUAUUAAACAUCAGUAUUAAAGUGGAACUGAACAUGGUACCCAUAUGUAGAUUUGAAAACAAAUUUAUUUAUGAUAAACCUGUCCAGUCUGACAAAUAAAAUUUUGUUUGUUGUUGUUUUUUAAUUUAUUAUUUUUAAAAAAAAAUAGAUUUAAG